AUGUUCUCUUCAACAGACUCAAGCAACUCAGUUGCUUACUACAAUGGUAGAGUCUAUACUAUCAACGAAAAGCAGCCUUGGGCAGAAGCUUUUAUCGUUUCAGCAGCAGGUAUUAUCGAGGCAAUUGGCUCAGAAAAGGAUAUCCUACAAUUAGCAUCCUCAAGAGGUCUUAUCAAAUAUGAGCUGGCCCAGAAGUUCGUGAUGCCAGGUAUUCAUGAUGCCCAUACUCACCUUUUAAUCGCGAGCAUGCAAGCAUUAAAUGAGUCCUCAAUUGGAUUUGAUUCGGGCGCCGAGAACAUUGGCGACAGAAUCAAACAUGGCGUAUGCGCCUGUUCAUAUCAUAAUGUUACUGGCGACUGGGUGAUUGGAAACUUCUAUCAGGCCAGCUUUUUCCCAAACGGUAUCCCUGAUCGUAAAUAUCUGGACGCCAAUUACCCGGACACACCAGUCCUUGUGCGUGAGGUUUCUUGCCAUCGUAUUCUUCUCAAUACAGCGGGAUUGAAGAAAGCGGGAAUCGAUCCUACCAAUGCCAUUGAUCCCGUGGGGGGCUUUUAUAUCCGUCGCCCUGAUGGAAGUCUUACUGGGGAAGUCGCGGAAAACGCGAUGAGCCAAGUCUUUUCCAAGCUUCCCAUUCCGCCACUGUCUCAUGCCAAACGGGCUCUGCAGUUCGGAAUUAACAUGUGUCAUCGGUACGGUAUCACGUCUUGUCAAGAAGCAUCUGCGAAUUCGACGUAUCUCCAUGCCUUGAAAGAACUGGAACAAGAAAAUCAGUUGGCCCUCGAUGUGUAUACUCAUAUUGUCUGUGCUCCAGAGACAUUUGCAAUGGAGUCGAGUGAGAGUCUUUCGGCGUUGCUGGAUGUCUCAGAGGGCUUUCGCAGCAAACAUGUGCAUACUAAUUUUGUCAAGUUCUGGCUUGAUGGUGCCCCAUUACCGCCACAGUUCACGCAAUGUGAUCUAGAUCCUGCUGGAGUCCCCGAGAAAAGGAACGUAGUCAUUGGAUGGGACUUUCUUGAAGUGGCGGUGGAGAAGUAUGAUGCACGCGGAAUGACAUGUAAACUGCAUGUCGCAGGUGAAGGCUCUGCUCGCGGUGCAUUGGACGUUUUGGAAAAAGUUCGACAAAAGAAUCCUAACGGCCCGAGGCAUGAAUUGGCGCACUGCAGUGCAGUUCAUCCAGAUGACGUUCCUCGCUUUGUCAAAAGCCGUAUCACGGCUGAAAUGUCCCCUGCUAUAUUCCAUGAGCCCGUCGUCCAAGAAAUUCCACAUCUACUAAAAUGGCCCUUCAACGACGUUUUACAGAGUGGUGCUCAAAUGACAAUCGGUUCCGACUGGUUAUUGCCCGAAACGCCAAGCUUAUUCGAUGCGUUGGCAGCCAUCGUGGAGAAAGUGGAGUUCUUCCCGGGUGGUAAAAGAAGUACAGCUUUAGCAGAGGGGAAGAGCCGAAAGGAACGCGGAGGUGAGAUUCUCUGUAGAGUUAUCUCUCUCGGUGGCGCCGAGGCAGUCGGAGCCGAGACAAGAAGUGGGAGCCUUGAAGUGGGCAAGGUGGCUAAUUUCAUAGCUCUCGAUCAAGACCUGAGUAAGGGUGAGUUCUCGGGGGCAAACGUCUUGAAGACAUGGUUUGAGGGACGGAUAGUGUACGAUGCCAGUUUUGGUGGCAAGUCUGUAUCUACCGAUUCUGGCAGUAAGUUAUGA